AUGUCUUCGCUUAGUACUGCUGGAUGUGUGGGAGAUGCCAAUGUCUUGGGUGAUAGUGAUGUGAAGGUUUCAGUUCUUUCUCGGAAGGACCGCAAAAAGCAAGAGAGGACUGAAAAGCUACUAGAAGAACAGCGGCAGCUGCGAGAGCAAGCAAACUGCGUUAAUAAGGAUGGUGACAAUCCCUUUUCGGUGACAUGGGAACACGACAAGGGGACUGAGGGGUCUCGUGACAUUUCCUUACAGCGUGUUGCCGUGUCUGUUAACGGGAAAGUUCUCUUCAAGGACACACAAGUGCGGUUGUCGGCGGGCGCACGGUACGGGUUGAUGGGGCCGAACGGCCGUGGUAAGUCUACUAUUCUUAGGCUACUAAGUUCAAGGGAGCUCCCUGUGCAGUCAAAUUUGGAGCUGUUACUCGUGGAGCAGGAACAAGAAUUUCAUGAGUCCGAGGUGAGCGCCGUCCAGGCUGUUCUUCAAAGCCACAAAAAGCAAAGAGAGUUUGCAAGUGAGGCAGCCCAACUUCAUGAAAAGACGGAACUCUCCCAUGAAGAGAUGGAGCGCCUGAACUUCUUAGAGGAAGAGCUGGAUAUAAUGGGUGCUGCACAGGCCGAGGCCCGUGCCAGGCGUAUUCUGUUUGGGUUGGGCUUCCCUACGGAGUGGCAUGAGCGUCCAACGAGCAGCUUUAGCGGUGGCUGGCGCAAGCGCAUUGCCCUGGCGGCCGCCGUCUUCAUUGAGCCCGAUGUGCUCAUGUUGGACGAACCGACAAACCAUUUGGAUUUAAACGCCGUCAUUUGGUUGGAGUCAUACCUCUGUGAGCAGUAUAAUGAAAAGGCGCGGAGACCAAAGACUCUGGUUGUUGUCUCGCACGAUGCAGGCUUCCUGGAUGAGGUGUGCACGCACAUGGUUCACGUUGAAAACUACCAACUGAACUAUUACCGUGGCGGUUUCAGUGGCUUCGACGAACAACUGCGCCAAAGACACCAAGAGAUCGACAAGAAGUAUGCAACGUUCAACAAGACCAUCAACGAGAAAAAGCGCAAUGGCAUGUCGAAUGCUCAGGUGGAUGAGUGGAUUAAAGACCAAGUGCGCACCGGCCGCCUGGACCCAAUAUAUUUGGAGAAACGCCGCGACUAUAUCGUCAACUUCCCCUUUUCCGAGCCGCCGGAACUGCCAGAUGGUUACAUAGUAAAGCUAGAGGAUGUCUCGUUUAACUAUCCUGGAGGUCCGGUUCUCUUCCACAAGGUUAGUUGUGCACUUUGGGCCGACAGCCGUAUAACACUUUGCGGCCCCAAUGGCAUCGGAAAAAGUACACUGCUGAGCCUCUUGACGGGGCAAUUGGAGCCCACGGAGGGUAUUAUCACGAUGAAUCGAAAAGUCCGCAUUGGUCGGUACAAUCAACACUUCGUUGACAAGUUGCCCCUGGAAAAGACAUCGGUGGAAUUCAUUCAGUCCCUUGGAAUCCGCGAGGAGGACAAGGCGCGACGCCAGCUUGGAAGCUUUGGCCUGGAAGGUAUCGUGCACAAGAACCAGAUUGCAACACUAAGCGGUGGGCAGAAGGCACGAGUAGCGUUAGCUGCAAUUAGCGCUGAGAAACCUCACUUCCUCCUUUUUGAUGAGCCGACGAACCACUUGGAUGUGGAAUCCAUUGAAGCCCUUUGUCAUGCAAUUAAAAACUUUAAAGGAGGGGUUCUGGUUGUUACUCACGACGCGCGUUUGAUUGAAGAGACAGAUAUGCAGAUAUGGGAAGCGGGUAACCAGAAUGUCCGUCCGUUUAACGGGUCACUCAACGACUAUAAGAAUAAAGUGCGCAGGGAGUUUGAGGAGCAGGAGAAGAAAAUGCUAAAGGAACGACAUAUAGCGACGGAAGAGAAGCAGCUGAACAGCCGCCUCGCCCGAGAAGGUGCUGGAAAAGAUGUUGCUGCACUAAAGAAGGAAAAGGAGGAAGAAACCCGUCAAAGGCAGCUAGCUGAGUUGGACGCUGCAUUCGCACUCCUCGACAAAAGGAAGAAAGUGAAGAAGGUGAAGAAAGACAAGGAGGAGAAGGCUAACGAUGGUUAA